AUGUGGUUUGGGAAGAAAGGGAAGUUUAGUCCCCGUUACAUGGGCUCAUAUAAGAUUUUGAGGUGUAUUGGCAAAGUUGCUUAUGAACUCGAUUUGCCUAAUGACUUGGCAUUGGUACAUUCAGUUUUCCAUGUCUUCUUGUUGAAGAAAUAUGUUGGAGAUCCAACAUCCUUAGUUCCCUUAGAAGGUUUGGGAGUUAAGGGGAUUCUUUCUUAUGGGGAAGUUCUGGUUGAGAUUUUAAACCGGCAAGUUAAGAAGUUGAGAGACAAGGAAGUUUCUUCAGUAAUGGUUCUUUGGAGAAAUCAUUUGGUUAAGAGUGCUACUUGGGAGGCCGAGGCCGAUAUGAACUCUCGUUACCCUCAUCUCUUUCCCUCCAUCCCUACUCUAGCUUGA